AUUUGAUUAUUUGAUUAUUUGAUUAUUUGAUUUUAUUUAUUUUAUUUAUUUCAGCCUUCAAUUCCAAACUUAUCUGUUGUGCACUGUCCAGCUAAGCCAGCCCUUUUGCCGCCGCCGCCGCUGCAGGAUCGAUCGGGCCAGAAGCAUCGCCUGCGAAAGACAAACAUCGCCAACCUGCUCUCCGACUUCUUCACUUCUCCUCUUCUCUUCUCUUCAUCUUCAUCUUCAUCUUCAUCUUCAUCUUCAUCUUCAUCUUCAUCUUCAUCUUCAUCUUCGUCUUCAUCUCUCCUUCAUUCCCUCCAUCCGUAUCCCCUCUUCUCUCUGUGUAUAUUCAUUCUUAAUUCACCCUCUCAUUCCCUCCCAUUGGCUGCUGGCGUUCCCCCAAUCACGAUCUUUCGCAGGUACACGAAGCCAAAUAAAUCGUCCCCUCCCCAACUCGACUCCCUCGACUCUUCGAUCGGCGCCCUCGUCCUACCUUCUUCCCUCAUCCGUGUGCAACAAAGCUUUGCUACAUUGCAGACCUGUUCAUCUGACUGUGUACAUUGCAGGCACGUGAAUACCUGUGGGAAGCUGGUUGUCUUGUUAUUUUUGGUGCUGGGUCUGUGUCUGCUGGGAGGGCAGCAAUAAAUAAGAUUGAUAAGAGAUUCCCCUCUUGACAGUGCUCUCUUUGUUCCAUGUCGUGGUGAUAAAGUAACUUUCUUAUUGUCCCGGGCGUGGGUUGUUGACCCUGUCCCAAGCGAAUUGAGUUGGGAACCAGGAACGAAGGAUAGAUAGAUCUACAACUCCAAGCCACCCCAAAAGGCCAUCCAGGACCUCAAGAGAGCCGCCGUUGUUGUUGUGUUGUUGUUGUACUUGCAUUUCCGGAUCCCUUUUUCUCCAUGCCGAUCAAGCUCCCCAAGGGCUUUGCUCGGCGGAAAUCUUCUGGAAAUGCCUUGGAAGCCUUGGAUGAGACGCCCCAGCCCUCGUUCAGGGUCUUUGAGCGUCCUGGUGCUGCUAGAAAGUCCCUCGAUGGAUCCACCACUCUGAACUCCAGUACCAGCAACAGCAGCCAUAAUAAACGUCUGUCGGAGGACCCCUACGCAAAUAACAUUUUUGCAAACAUAGACCAUCCCUCUCCCGUGGACAACCGUGGAAGCAGAGGCACUAACAAUUCUGCCUCGACCGGUCGUUUGUACGAUAGCUCUGCUUCCUCCGCCAAGUUUAGUUCCUCCUCUACCUUACCCAGCUCCACCGAUAUCCCCAUCCAAGAUGUUCCCCCCCCCCCCGUGCAUGACUCUUCCUUCUUCUCUUUUCGAUCGGCUGGUCGGACAUUCUCCUUCGGAACCAAAUCCUCUUCUUCCAAGUCGCUACAACGCCUGGAGGCCACCACACCUCGAUCUAGGGGGACUGCGACUGCCAGAGAACGUGCGCCGACUACCAGUACUACGAGUACUGCCACUCCCCACAGGUUACCAGAUACAGAAUUGGAUAUGGGUGACUCGUUAAGUUUCGGGAAUAUGUUUGAUGGAUUUGACAAGGAGAAGGAAGUCCAGAAAGAACCAUUGUCACCAAGUCCGCUUGGCCGGGGGUCCGCAUCAGCACUUCCGCCACUACCUACAAAUGACACUCAGAACCAUCCCACUCCUCUCCGAAUUGUUCCCUCUAAAGAUGUUGAACCCUCCCCGCGCACAAAUGAAAGUCAGAAUUCACGAGACGGCCUAAUGAGUAGGGAAGACGAUGAUAUCAUAUCCCGCCCGCCCGCCUCUCGAGUAAGAACCUCGGUGCAGCCAAACACUAACGGCAGUCUUUCGCCGACAUACAACACUGGUUCAACCUCUAGGUUCUAUAGAAACACCGUACAGCUUGACCGGAAUGCUGCGGUGGAAGAUGAGGACGCAAAGAUCGUUAAAAAUGCAGUAUCUGCACACAGACGGAUGACCGCCGAAUUCUCACCUGACGGUGACUUUCCUGAUCCUCUACCGUUCUCGGAGAACAGACUGCAGCAGCGUAAUAACGUGAAACAAAUCACCCGCCGACCAGUUCUACAAGACGAAGAAUCCCACCUCGCAGCUGCAUUAGCUGCCGAGGCCAGUCUGGCUGAACGAUACGAGGAGAAUGCCAACAACUCCGAGAGGCAGCUACCCACGAAAGUCAUGACUCCGGCUCAGUUUGAACGGUAUCGACAGCAGAAAGAAAUGACGAGGAAGAAUAGUAACGCUUCCGACACCCACCAUUCGGAUGACGAUAGUGAUCAUUAUGACGAGGAAGAGGAUGAGGUGGAGAAGGCUCGCGAGGCGGCGAAGCAAAGGAAGAAGCAGGAAGCUCAUCUGUCAGUCUACAGACAGCAAAUGAUGAAGGUUACGGGAGAGACAAUAAAACCACUCGAUUCGGACCAGAAUGGUGUGGACAAAGCCCGUGCAGCUUCGUUGAACAAUCUAAACCGGAGCUCCUUCCUGGCACCAGAGCCCACGACCAACGGGAAAGUCAGCGAUGGAGAGGACGAUGAUGAUAUUCCUCUUGCCAUUCUUGCGGCGCACGGCUUCCCAAAUAAAACUCGACCACCGGGACAUCUCACCCCGUCGAUCUCAAAUCCUAAUCUUCGUGCAUCGAUGCUAUCGUUCGCUCAAGGCCCGCCCUCCGUUGCCGCUGAACCUACAGCAGGAACGCAAACAGGUCGCACUAGCUUACCAGUAUUUGCACGAAAUCUUCCCCGCGAUCCAUAUAACAUCGGCGCUGGUCUUGUUAACCCAUCGCACCGGGAAUCCCUGGCCAUGGGUGGAGGGACUCCAUCUGUCUACGGCGCACCGCCUGGCUUCCCCCCCGGCGGACUAGUGGGAGUAAUCGCAAAUGAAGAGCGCGCCAAGGCGAUGAGACGAGGGAGCCCGAAUGCGGUUCGUCCAUAUGAUGCGCCCCCAGGAAGCUUGCUCGGUAUGAAUCUGAACGGACAGCACAAUAAUACCAUGCCUCUUCCCCAGCAACAACAGUUCUUGAACGUUCCUGGCGCUCCACCAGGCCAACCGCCAGGGUUCGGCCAACCGGACCAGAUGUCGCAGAUGACCCAGAUGAUGCAGACGCAGAUCCAAUGGAUGCAAUCCAUGAUGCAGAUGCAGGGCAUGCAAAUGCCACUGAAUAUGGGUCUUGGCUCUCAUAACUCUACCCCACCUAACGGACCAUCCAUGGCCCGCCCCAUCUCCAUGCUCUCAAACCUCAACUUCAACCAACCCCAGCCGCAAGGGCCCCCACAAGUCGACCAUAGAACCCUCAGCCUCCUUGACCCCAAAUGGAAUAACAGACAAUCCUCCUUCCUCCCACAGCAACACCCACACCUAGGCCCGGGACCAGGACCCGGCUACACCCCCUCCGUCGCCCCCUCCGAGCGCAGCAACGUCGGCACAGCAAGCCGCUACCGCCCCGUCUCGACAAUGCAACAGCCCCCGCAGGACAACGCGAUGGCGCGUUCGUCGACGUUCACCGCCUCGACGCUGCGGCCGUGGGCGGAUGCGGAGUCGCGGAAGAUGUCUCUCACUUCAAACAUCGGUGGCAAUGGCAUGGGUAUGCAGCAGCCGUAUCACCUGCCGCGGGUGGCGACAGAGGGAUCGAAUGUGGUCGGUGGGUUAAGGCCUGUUAGCGGGCUGAGGGCUAGUACGAAUGCGAGUGUGAACGGUGGGCAAGGUGGGAAGGAUGAAGAUCAUCACGAUGAUGAUGAUGAUGAGGAGGAGGAAGCGGCCUGGGCGGAGAUGAUGAAGAAUCGGGAGAAGAAAAAGAGUGGGUGGCGGUUUAAGAAGACAGGCUCGUCUGGGUUAGGGUUGGGGGAUUUGUUUCCUGGUUCAGGGCCGAAUUCCCCGUGAUUGGAAUUGGAAUGGGGAAUGAAUAUGUGGUGGAUGCGACAAUGGUACGUGAUGAUAUGGCAUGGCUUGCAAUGUGAGGUAUCGGGAGAAUAAUCACGAACGGGCGGAUAAGUACAAGCUGGUGAAUGGAUGCGGGAGAAAAGACAAAAAGGAGUGGUGUAUUUCCAUGAGGACGAAGCUGAGUUACCUGCAUUACCUACGUUGCCUACCCACCUUGGAUUUUGAUCUUCUGCUUUACAUCUAUCCCCUUCACACACACACAUACACACAUAACUUACGUACCUAUUUAAUAUCCCUUUCUUGCGCGUUUGGGAUGAUCUAGCUUGCUUGGUGUCUUCGUUCUCUGCGCCCUCCUUGAUUUUUAUGUUAUUUUUCUUUCGCUUUGCUGCGAAUGACAUCUUGGUGUAAUUAUGCUCUCCCCCCCUUCUUUCAGUUUGUGCACGGAUCUUGGUUUCCUUUCUGGUACCUCUCCGUUUUUCGUCAAUUUGGGUUUAUUUUCUGUUCCUGGUUGCUUGCUGAUUUCGUUGUUGAGGGAAUUAUACAAUAAGGGAUUGUUGUUUUGUCGUUCGAUUGCUGCGUAUUUUAUUCCAUUUAUUUAUUUUUGGCUUUCUGAAGAUGGCAUUGCUUAUUUUCUCUGCUUCAUUUUCCUCUUAAUUUGGAUCAUAUAUAUCAUCAUAUACAUAACUAUAGGUAAUUAUAAUUGGAAUUAUUCACAGCUCUGACAACACACGAACAGACACAUGCAUAAAUGCGUCAUGAUGAUUAAAUAUAGUUAGUUAAUAGCUAGCAAAUUCAGGGUUUACAACCUCCCCCUAACCCUUUCCAAAAUCCCCCUCGCCUCCGUCACCACCCCCUUCACAAUCUCCUCCGCACUCUUAACCUCCCUGACCAACCCAAUCCCAGUCCCCGCAUACGUCGUCAUACGACCCUUAGGCCCCCACCCUUCAUCCCCCUUCGCCAUCUCCUCCUUAUACAACCGCUGAUUCUCCGCAUCAUCCAUCCCAGCCUCAUUAUCCCGCAGCGUGUCAUUCACCACCCCGCGCCCAUCAUACCGGGCAGGCCACUCAUUAUACCCGCGCACGGUAUCAUACACCGUCGUCCGCGCCGUGUUCACCCCGCCAUCCUCAACCCGCAACACCUCCGCCUGGUACCCCCGCGCCACCGCCGCCUCCGCACACGCCAGGAACCGCGUCCCCAUCACCACCCCCGCAGCGCCCAGGCACAGCGCCGCCGCCACUCCUCGCCCGUCCGCGAUCCCACCCGCCGCCACCAGGGGUAUCCCCCCAUGCCCAGCCCGCGUCAACGCGUCUUUCACCUCCGGCACGAGCGCGACGAUGCUCGCGCUGCGCGCUAGGCCGUGGCCGCCCGCAUCGCUGCCUUGCACGACCAGCACGUCCGGCUGGGCCUUGUCGGCCACCUCGAGCGCGUCGGCGACGGAGCCGACUUGGAUCCAGAUGCGGGUGCGGUUGUUCGUGGCGCGGCGCACCUCGCGCGCCCAGGCUGCGUAGUUGGCUGCGGGGUCUGGGUCGUGGGCGGCGAAGAGCCAGAGGGCAGCCGGGGUGUGUUUGGCGAGGAUGGGGAGGGCCUGGUCGAGGCUUGCGCCCCAGCUUAGCAGGCCGACGCCGAUGGGGAUCGGGGAGGUGGCGGGGUCGUCUUUGUUAUAGUUGGGGAUGGGUGGGGAGGAGGAGGCCGAGGCGAGCUCGGCGGCUUGGGUGAGGAGGCUCUCCAGCUUGGAGACGUCGAAGCCGGCGCCGAUGAAGCCGAGGCCUCCGGCACGGGUAACGGAGAUGGCCAGGUUGGGGGAGGCGAUGAAGAGCAUUGGCGCGCUAAUUAUAGCGGGGCAGUUGGCGGGGAGGGUGGGGUGGAGGUCUUGAAGGGUCGGCAUGUUAGAUAGUCGAGUAAAAGUAUCACUUCCCUUUGUUUUGGUUUCUUCGGUUUCGUUGUAUUGGUCUCUGGUAUGA